ACCAUAUGUAAUGGUGUAUCUUAGCUCAACUUCGCAGCUUGAGCAAUAGUUAAAUUGCAGACAAGAUUGUCCAACCAAUGUGUAAUUUUCCUUCCAUAAUAAAUUAUUAGGUAUAUUACCACAAUAAUGGCUGGACCUUUAUUAAAAUAUUUGACUGAUGCCUUGGUGAAGUUUGAAUAUGUAUACCUAACACCUUUGCUAAGGAGACCUCCAACUCCACAGUGGAUCCCAUUAGUGGUGCAGACACCUCAACAGUUAAUGGAUAAAGAUGCAUCAUUUGACAUUAAAAGUAUUUUCGAUGGAUUCUUAUGGGGAGUACCUACCUGCCGACGCAGUGCUGAAAAGCGUAUGAUGAGAAAGUAUGGUGCUCCCAACUGGCACAACAAACUUAUUCUCCCACGAAAGGAUAUCAAAACCUGUGGUACUUGUGGCCACAAUCAUGAAGCAGGCCGUUUAUGUCCAAAUUGUUACUCCAAAGUCAAAGCUGAGACAUCUGUUUUGCAAGAAAAAAUGGUUCAGGAACUGGGUCUUGAUCCCAUAGAUAAAGAAAUCGCCAUUGUAUAUCAAGGAGAGAAGAAUCAGUUCGACGAUGAGUUUUUCAAGGUUCACCACAAAUAUCUUUCAGUUGAAGCUAGUAUUAACUUUUCAUUCGUUUGCGUGAAGGGUAAAAGAGUUGUCCAAAUGGAAAAACCUCGACCAAAAUGGUUUAGCAAAAACCUACUCCAGAAAAGUGGACCAAAUUCUGAUUUGGGCAACAGUGAAGUCACAACUAUAAAACCUCAUGAUUUAGGCUAAUAUUUUUCGUCCUACCUGGUUAGUCUAUGAGAAAAAUACACCAUUUUUGACUUUA